AUGAACGCAGACAAUUUCACCUCAGUAACUUACUUUGUCUUGGCUGGCCUAGGAAUUCAAGACAAUCUCCAGGUCAUUCUUCUUCUAUGUUUUCUAUUAUUAUACAUAGUAACCUUGGCAGCAAAUCUAUUUAUUAUGAUUAUUCCUAUUUUUUAUUUCUCUCUCCAUACGCCGAUGUAUUUCUUCUUAUACAACUUGGCUUUCCUUGACAUCUGUUACUCAUCGGUGGUUGUCCCCAAGUUUCUUAUAGAUCUUGUAUUUAAGGAAAAGAUGAUCUCAUUUUGGGGUUGCAUGUUACAAGUCCAUUGCUUCCAUUUCUUUGGUAGCACAGAAAUUAUACUAUUUUCAGCCAUGUCCUAUGACAGGUACGUGGCCAUUGCACAUCCCCUGAGAUACUCCACAAUCAUGAGUCCCAAUGUCUGUUUAUGUUUGGCCUCGUGUUCUUGGGUUAUUGGCUUCUCACAUGCAUCAAUACACAGUAUUAUGACCUCAAGGCUUCCAUUUUGUGGCCCUAACGUAGUGAAACAUUUCUUCUGUGAUGUUAAACCAGUGCUGAGCUUGGCCUGUACCGAUGUGUCACUAAAUUUCAUGCUGCUUGCUGGAGUCACUGGAACAAUAUGUAUAACAACCUUAAUAUUAACUCUUCUUUCCUAUGUCUUUAUUUGCAAAUUUCUUUCAAAAAUUAAGACCUCCCAAGGACAAAAACGUGCGCUGUCUACAUGUAGCGGCCAUUUUACCGUGGUCACUCUCCAAUAUGGAACGGCCAUCUUUACCUAUAUCCGACCUUCAAAUGGCUCUUUAGAUCAGGAGAGAUCAGCUGCCAUAAUGUUCACUGUCAUAACUCCAGCGUUAAACCCCAUUAUAUAUACAUUACGAAACAAAGACAUGAAGAACAUAAUAAAGAAGUUCCUUAAACUAUCUCGUUGA